CUAGUGGAAGUGUUAAAGACACCUUUGUUGGAGCCAGAAAUGGAAAAUACAGGCUUUUAAAAAUAGUCAUUGACAAUGAGCAGCUUAUUGUGGGAUCCUCUAGGCGGCCAGUUGGAUCAUGGGAAAAGGAUUAUGAUGCCUUUGUCCUUCCCCUUCUUGAAGACAAGCAACCCUGUUAUAUAUUAUACAGAUUAGAUUCUCAGAAUGCUCAAGGAUAUGAAUGGAUCUUCAUUGCAUGGUCACCUGAUCACUCUCCUGUUCGUCAAAAAAUGUUGUAUGCAGCAACCCGAGCAACACUUAAGAAAGAAUUUGGAGGUGGCCAUAUUAAGGAUGAAGUAUUUGGAACGGUACAG